GUUAGAAACCAAGUCAUUCUCCAAAUGUGAACCCAUAUAUUUACACACCAUGAAAAUGUCAAGAAGCUUCUCUUCCACCUGCUGUGCUUUCCCCCACCGGGUGUAUGAGAGGAAACCCCUUCUCCGGUUUUGAGCACAGCCCCGUUUCUCUCCCGCUGUCGGGGGCUGCAUCUGUCCGAAGCCAACUUGAGCGGGGGUGCCGGUGUCGUGUCGCCCGGUGCCGGACAGAGGGGCGGCUCGGCAGCGGGAUGGCGGCAUCGGCCCGCUGGGUGCUGUGCCUGUGCCUGGGCUGGGGCUGCCUGUGCCUGGCGCUGGGGGACGUGCCGAAGGCUCGCCGGGUUGGGCUGCGGCGACGAGCUGCCCUGGCAGGAGCUCAGGGCGGCCGGGCCAGAGCCGUGGCAGGUGACUACAGCCUGGGGCAGCGGCGGCCAGAGCGGCUGCAGCCAGGGGACAAGGUAUCGGAGCACAUGCUGCGGCUCUACGACCAGUACAGCGGUGGGCAGGCGGCAGCAGCACGGCCCCAGGACCCGCCGGGGCUGCCCGCUCCCUACCUCCGCCGGGGCAACACGGUGCGCGGCUUUCGCCCGCUGGCUGCAGGGAGCCCUGGAAGCCAGGAGCUGUAUGUUUUUAACUUGACUUCACUCACCAAGACUGAAAAUAUCUUGUCAGCUUCAGUGUAUUACUAUAUCGGUGAUCUGCUGAAUGCUAAGUGGAACUGUUCACAAUCCAGAGGCUGUUCUCAUGGGCACAGAAAACCUGAAAUUCAAGUACAUCUUUCAGUUUGGACCUUUCCUUCUGUUGGGAACCAGACCCGGAGUCUGGGACGUUUCCUAAUAAAUGUCUCCAGUGCUUAUGGGGAUGUCCUUUCCUGGCAGUGGAAAGAUAUCACUCAGGUCCUGCACGAAGCAAAACAAAACAAUGAACUUCUGAUCAGUGUGAAAAUGGAUUUGACAAGCCAUCACCCGUGGAAAAGGGCACCUUCUUACUACGAACCUUACAUUCUGAUAUAUGCCAAUGACUCUGCUAUUUCAGAGCCAGAGAGCGUUGUCUCUAGUUUGCAAGGGCACCGUAAUCCUCUGACAAGGGUCUUUCCUAGGCCAGAACACCAUGUAAGGAGCAGCAGUGGGAAGCGGCGACGGAAACGCUCUACGAAUGUCCUGUUGCCGUUGCAGAACAAUGAGCUUCCAGGAGCUGAGUACCAGUACAAUGAGGAUGAGAGAUGGGAAGACAGAAAAUCAUACAAAACAUUCCAGCCACGUUUGGCAGAGAGGGCAAAGAGUAAGAAAAAGCAGAGGAAGAAUCAUCACCAGAAGAGCCAGACUCUGCAGUUCGAUGAGCAAACCUUGAAGAAAGCGAGGAGGAAGCAGUGGAAUGAGCCAAGGUAUUGCGCCCGGCGCUAUCUCAAGGUGGAUUUUGCAGACAUUGGCUGGAGCGAGUGGAUUAUUUCACCUAAAUCCUUUGAUGCCUAUUACUGCUCGGGGGAAUGUCAGUUCCCAAUUCCUAAGGCCUUGAAGCCAUCCAACCAUGCCACCAUCCAGAGUAUAGUGAGAGCAGUCGGAGUAGUCCCGGGCAUUCCUGAGCCUUGCUGUGUUCCGGACAAAAUGUCUUCUCUCAGCAUCUUGUUCUUCGAUGAAAAUAAGAAUGUGGUUCUUAAGGUGUACCCCAACAUGACAGUGGAAUCCUGUGCAUGCAGAUAACAUCUCAGAAGACCCUAUUGAAAUGCUAAGGUCCUGUGCAUACAGUCCCAGAAAUGAAGUGAGCUGAAGUACAUGGGACCUGUAUAAACUGGAAAGGAUUUGAGAAAAAUAUUCAGCAGCAAAUGCAUAGUUUGUCUGUAGUAGUUUGUAUAGUUUGUCUGCAUCUGAGCAAGAGACAGAGCUGCAUAAAAAGUGGCUCUGUCCCAGGGUCAGCCUCUCCUCUCUGUCUCAUCUGUAAUAUGUGAACAACAAGUACAAUUCAGAAUGAAGAAUCUGGACUGCUGUAAGGAAUGUCACUAUAAAAAGAGAAUGUAUUGAACUGUCAGUUUAUUUAUCUAAACUUUGAGUUAAAGAAUUUGUAUAAUUGCUUUGUAAACAACUGAAAUUCUACAUAUAAAUUUAUCUAAUUGCUGACUUCCUUAAAUCUAUCAUAUUGGUUUUCUUUCUGCAUUUAAAAACUAUUUAAGUACUUAUGUAUAAAAUGGGAGACGUUUAUAAAUAGAAAAAUACUAUCAAAAUGA